GUCGUAUAAUUGUGCCGGCGAUAUACUGAAUUUGAAUUGCUUCGUGCUCUUAUCUGGAGAUUUCGUAUCCCUACAUUGUGUUACCAUUGCACCGCUGCCGGAACAGAAGGUUCUCUACGCUUGGCAGAAAGUGACGACUGACACGUUCGAUCCCGACUUCGUUGAUCGCAGAAGAGCUGGACUCGAGGUACGUUUCCGAUUUGCACGUAUAACAGUAUCACGUAGCUGUGAUGAAAGAGGAUUAGAUGGUGACUUAAUUUUGGGAGAUAUAGGUCAAGGAUUGCCAUUUAAAGCUGGUACGUUUGAUAGGGCUGUCAGUAUUUCUGCGCUUCAGUGGUUGUGCUAUGCAAGCAAAACUUUGCACAAUCCUACAAAACGUUUAUAUCGUUUCUUCUCAACGUUGUAUGCAUGCCUGUCAAGAAGCUCAAGAGCAGUGUUACAAUUCUAUCCAGAGAACGGUGAACAGGUUGAAUUAAUCACGGCACAAGCCACAAAAGCUGGCUUUUAUGGCGGUGUAGUUGUCGAUUUUCCGAAUAGCGCAAAAGCAAAGAAAAUGGUCUUGGUUUUAAUGACCGGAGAAGCUGCUCCGCUUCCAAAGGCACUAGGCGUAGAGAACGAAGAUAGACAAACCGUCGCUAAUUCAAGAAGGGAAUACAUAAAGAAAGCCAAGGGUAAAUCAUUGAAGAAAAAUAAGGACUGGAUUUUAGAGAAGAAAGAAAGGCGGCGUCGGCAAGGAAAAGAAGUUAGAGAUGACUCCAAAUAUACUGGACGAAAGAGACCCGGGAGAUUCUAA